AACGAUCGAUCUCUGAUCGUGACAUUGUCUCGAUUACGAAAAUUUGUGCGUCUACCGAGCUUUUCCACGGUUUCUCUUGUCAUCUACUUUCGUUCCCGGUCCUCGGCUCUCGUUAUCAGUUAGGUAACUCUCGCACACACUUUCACGUAAUUGCGGAGCAAGUAAACAAUGGCUGGCAGAUUGUUUGCAAGUCGCUUGCAACCUAUUAUUCAGAUUCAGAGUCGUGGAUUAUUCACGAUGGACAGAGUCGGUAAUAGGGAUGUGGUUGGUUUCGGGUACAACGGUGAACCCACCUAUUUAGACAGAGUAGACUUCCCAUGCCCUGCAAUACGCUGGAAAGAAAAUACUCCCGACGUCAUGGCAUUAAGAGAAAAGGAAAAGGGCGAUUGGAAAAAAUUGAGCAUUGAGGAGAAGAGAGCUUUGUACCGCGCCAGUUUCCGCCAAACGUUCAGCGAGAUGCAAGCACCGACUGGAGAGUGGAAAGGAAUAAUCGGGCUAUCCCUGAUUGUCAUGAGUGCCGGUGUAUGGCUGUACAUAUACUUCAAAUUAGUCGCCUAUCCGCCGUUGCCCGAGUCGUUCAGUUUGGAGCGUCGACUGGCACAGUUGGACCGUAUGAAGAAACUCGACAUGAACCCGAUCGAUGGACUCUGUGCCCGAAAGUAAAUUAAAUUAGCGUCUACUCUAAUAAAAUUAGUUAUUGUGUACAGUAACUCUUAUCCGCUGCGCAUGAACGUUGUGUAUGCACAAGGUGGCGAAAUCUUAAUAAAUGCCAUGUUACGUUUUACAGCGCUAUCGAGAUUAAAAUACACAUUGCUUAUUUAU